AAUGUGUGUAUGUUGUUAAUGUAUUAUAUAGAGAUAUAUAGUUUUGAAAUUGUGUGUGAAAAAGUUUAAUAGAAUUAAAUUAUUUCAAUUGUGUUUCCUGGUUCAACGCACGUGGACACUUUUCCAAUUCCAAUUGCUCGAGCAGCUCUCUGUAAUGGCAGAUAACCAAAACAUGGCAAACAGAAACCAAUCCUUGCCGCUGAAGAAGUUCAAGCGCGUUGCUAGCAAAGCACUUCGCAUGGAACGCGAACGAUCUGAGCUGGAACUGCAGAUGUUGAACGCAGCUAAACCAAACAAAGUGCUGCGCGAUCCUGAGCCAGAAAUCAAACCAGUGCCGCCGCAGGAGCCAUCGUCGUUGAUGCCGCCUCUCUCACCGAAACGGCAAACACAAGUGAACUUGCGACCCAGCUCACAGCCGCCCAUCUCUCGCAAGGAACAGUCCACAACAUUGGUGACCAGUGCACCAGGACUGUCGAAAGAAAGGCGGCAACAAGACGAUAACGUGCUGGCAAGCCGCGAGCCGGAUGACAAUAUAACACCACGCCGCAAGCCGGACGACAAGAUGCAACCAAGCCUGUUGCCGGAACAGACCAAGCAGCGUCGCCGCUCACCGGACAGCACGCAACAGCGUCAGUUCCAGGACGAGCACGUGCAUCAACGCCGUCCAAACGACGAUUACAUGAGCCAGCGCCGCCCAAAGGACGGCGAUGACCUGCAGCAUCGCCGCCAGGUGAAACAAAUGCACGAGCAUGCACAUCAACACGUUCGAGUUGCCACAGCCGCUGCCGCAGCAGCUGCUGCCACAGUAGUUGCCCAGCUGCGCAAGGACGCAAUCGAUGCCGUUGCCCGCCAACAGGCUCCCUAUAUGCGUAUGGCAGCACUUUCCAGUGCCAGAUCCAAUUCGAGCAACGGUUCGCCAAGUGACCAGCGCCGCGUGAUCCGCAAUUCAAAUUUGCUUAGCUCGGCACUCAGUAUUAUUCGCGAAAUGGAUCCAGCAUUUCUGGAGACACUUUGCUAUGCCAUUCACGAUCAGGUCACCAAGGAUGAUCCCUCGGAGUCGGAGUGAUUUGUUUACAUAUACAUUAUUAUCGAUUCGCCGACAGCGCUCCAUAUAUUUUGUUUAUUUUCUUCGCUUUCGCCAAUUUCAAAAUGGGUUUCAAAAAUUUUUUGUUUUAGUUCCUCCAUUGCUAACGAUUCUAAAAGGAUGCGA